AUGGACUAUGCGUCACAGCCGCAAAGGGUGCCGUAUAUCUUAGAUGAGUUUGGGUAUUUCUGGGAAACGCCGUUUGAUACGACGGAUCCCAACUUUCAGCAGUGUACGAUUGAUCGGCCGAGGAUCCUGCCGAGUACGCCGGCGUGGUAUAAGGCGGGUGUCGAGCAGAGGAUGUAUAUCGUGAAUCACUAUCUUGAUACGAAGUUCGCGGGAGUAGAGGUGCCAGAUCGGAGAGAUGCUGGCAAGACUAAUGCGGCUGAUGGGAAUCCGAGCUCUAUCAUGACGCAUGUCAGGUUGUGUGAGAAGCUACAUGGUGGAAACAAGCCCUCGGUGGUAUUAGUGGACUACUUUGAUAGAGGGUCAGUGAAAAAGGCGGAAGCUGCGUUGAAUGGAUUGGAAUAG